AUGCGACAAGCAUUGGAAGUCGACGAGGAGCUAUUGAAGCACCAGCUUCGCCAGGAACAGGAGACAUGGGAAGCCGAUCAGCUCGCCGCAGGCCACACUAAACCCUUCCAACUACACAUCUGGAGCGUCGGGAGGUUGCUGCGCGUGGUACAAGCCUCGCAGUCAGCCACAAACGCUGUAGAAGCUCUAGCUCAGUAUGGACUUAUUCGCCAUUCAGUUGGUAGCGUCGAUCAGCGCCGCGCCACAUCUCAACCCACAACAGCGGAGACGCAGCACGCACCGUCCGCGGACGCAGUAACGUACUCGUCAAGUCGCGUCUGGAUCACGGGGUUUCUACGUUUUGGAGAAGAAUUAGAUACUUGUGACAUACUAGAAUUGUGUGAUAGCAACACCAAGCUGCCUAGUUUCCUUUUAGACCCAAGUCCUCAACUAGUGGCUCAAUUGGUGCUGGUCAAGCAUUGGGUGCUGGUGGACAAGGCAUUCGGCGGAGCACGAACUGCAAGCUCAAUAUUUCUCGAAGUGCAUGAUGAGAAACCAACAGUAUUAACACCAGUAGAUGAUCCGUACGUGAGUUGGACACCGAAAGAUGUGCUACAAGUGCUAGAAACCCACUACCAAACUAAAGACCCGCCGAUGACGAACCAUAAGCGUAUUCAUGCGGCUUUUGGUCGUGUGACGAGUGUGAGCUCACCGAAGCUGCAGUGA